ACUGAGGCAGUCUCUCAGGCUACGGGCGGCGUAUUGACUGAUCCCACCAACAGGGGCUUCUAUGUAAACUGAGGCUAAACAAAUACAGAUGAGUGAGUCUCCGAGCACAUUCACAAAAAUGUUGCCAGUGCUGCAAAGACCACGGAUGACAGCACGAAUCACCGGGAGCAGCACGCACGGACACACGCGACAGACAAUGUGUAUUUUCUAACAGAUUCGUUUGUAAUUUUAGUGGGCGAUACAUAGCAAAACAGUUCAAUGAACUAAUCGCUUGUAAACUGAUACGUUUUACUUUAUGUUUACAGUGAUUAUAGGAUAUAGGCUAAUCGCCAGAAGCAUAUCGUUUUUAAAUAACCCGUCAUCAUUUAUAUAAUUUUCUACAGGGUUAAAAUGAAGAACACUCAACUUGUUAGUGGGGGGAACUGGAAAACGAUUUAUGGGAAGGAGAUGACAGGGAUCAAAAAGUUUAAACGAAAAAGUAGAGAUCCCGUUAAACAUGUUAACUCAUUUGAAAGCUUAACACGUGAGCCUGACAUUAAUGAGGAUUCGACCAGGAAUCUCUUGGAAGAGACGAGCAGAAGCAGGAGUUUAGAGAGACUUAAUGACCGGGAGUCUGAUGUGGACCGCAAAGCGAACCCCAGAAGAAACUCUAACACGGCUAUCGACAUGAGAGUUAGUUCUUUAUCUUCCGUGACCGGGAACCUAGCUUCUUCUCAGUCGCAGCCGUCGUCUCCUGCUCCUGAAAAAGACACCUCCAGAAACGCAUCGCCGCUGGUCACCAGCUUUGACCAUCAGCAGCCGUUUGCGCCAGAUCGUCCUUACCAGUCGCGGAUUGUACUGUGCCAGCGUUUAUCAGAGAGAUCUUUCUCGUCAGUCCCGCAGGCAUCUUACAUCAAUAAUAACGACGAGGCAUCGCCUAGGAAACGGCUGGGAGAAACGUCUGGCGUCGUCACUGAGAUCAAAGCCAUUCAGCAGACACGGAGGCUGCUGGCAAACGCCCGAGAGAGGACCCGCGUGCAUACCAUCAGUGCCGCCUUUGAGGCGCUAAGAAAGCAGGUGCCAUGCUACUCCUAUGGUCAGAAACUCUCCAAGCUGGCCAUCCUGAGAAUUGCCUGCAAUUACAUCCUGUCGCUGGCCCAGCUGGCAGAGCUUGACUACACCCCUGACCAUAGCAACAUGAGUUUUGCAGAGUGUGUGGAGCAGUGCACGCGAACACUGCAGGCUGAGGGUCGGUCCAAGAAGAGGAAGGAGUAGAAUGAAGAAAGGCCAGAACAGAAAAUUAUUUUAAAUGAGGGAGAUAACUCCCAUUCAGAAGCUUCUUACCAGUGAAGUAUCUCCACCUACUAGCUUCGCACAAGUCCAAGACUGAGCCCAGUAGGGUCCAAUCGAGGGCAGGUUUUUUGUUUCUACCACAGUUGCCAAGGGUCUCUGCCAAGGGCUUUCUGCUCUGACAAACUGUUGUAUGCGGGAGACAGAGAGGCGUGUGAAAGUGGAUACAAUCUGGCAGUGUUGCCACACAUAGAAUCUGCAGUUUCUAUUAGCACUUCAUUUUUUUUCUUAAUAAAAAUCUUUUGUCCACUUUUUUCACAGAUUUAAUCAUUGAUAAGAGACAGCCUUGUGACUCCACUCGAGUCAUAAUGAUUACAGCAUUACAAUGACACACAUGACAGUGCUGGAUAAGCCGGUUCAACACUUUCACACAGGCAGUACCAAAUGAGCCCAGAGCAUCAUUAUACUCUAUAUAUCCUGUACAGUAUGUUUCAUAUUAAGAUUCUGGGGAUGUACUGCAAUAUUAUCCCUUUUUUUAAGGAACCAUUGGGACAUUUCUUUAAUAUCAGCCACACUGACUGCUUUUAAAAAUCUGUAUAUGUAUUUAUUAGCUCUGGCUAACAUGAUUGGUCAUUGGUGUUUAUGACUGUAUGGUAUUGUAAGCUUCCAGAUUAAAAAAAAAACUGAA